UUUGGGGCUUGUCCUACCUCUUCCUCCCAUGGCUGGUCCUGUGGCUGAAGUGACAGCUGCCCCUGUGAAGAUGCACUGGUGGAAAGGGAUGGUGGUGGUCCUUUUGCUCUGCUUGCUGCUGCUCGGCCAGACACACUGUGCUUCCCUGCACCACCGACAGCCUCACCUCACCAGACAGAGAAGGAUGACUCCCUUCUGGAGAGGAGUCUCACUGCGACCCGUGGGAGCCUCGUGCAGGGAUAACAGCGAGUGCAUCACAAUGCUCUGCAGGAAGAAUCGCUGUUUCCUCAGAGCAGCCUCGGAGUGACCUGUCCUGCUGAAGAACACCCCUCGCUGUUACUGCUGACUCUGCUCCCCUCCACUUGGGAAAUAUUUAUGGACCGUGCAGCAGCUAGAACAGUGCCUCCAGCAACCAGUGUACUGAACAACUCUGUCACAGGAGCUGAUGAAAGGACUUCAAAGAGCUUGAGAGCAUUUCCCCACCAAGGCUGCAUCACUGGAGCAGAUGCUUCGGGGUGACUCUGGCCAAGCUCAAUAAAAGGACUCUGCCUCUUCUCUUCGUUUUGGGUUUUUUUGUAAGAGUUCAUUUUAUUUUUUUAA